AUAGUUUGAAGGAGCAUCAACCGGAACCAUUUUAUAGCUCAUUUGAAGGUUAGGUGAACUGUAUAAAACGCCAGUGCGAGCAUCUCCAGAUUAUCAGUUUGAUUAGAUCUUUCAAAGAUACACGCAAAACAAAAUGUACAAGCUUAUCGUUGUAGCCGUCCUUUUGGGAUUAGCCGCUGCUGACCACAUCAACAAGGAUGCUGAAACCAAGAGUUUAACCAACGACAUCAGCCCAGAUGGUCAAUUCCGCUAUGCCUUCGAGACCACCAACGGAAUCAGUGCUCAAGAAAGCGGAAACGCUGAUGGCGCUCAAGGAUCAGCCUCAUGGAUUUCACCUGAAGGAGAAGCUGUUCAAUUGGCUUAUGUUGCCGAUGCUAACGGAUACCAACCAACCGGAUCCCACAUCCCAGUCGCUCCACCAGUACCAGAAGCUAUCUUGAGAGCUUUGGAAUGGAUCCGCACCCACCCACCAAAGGACGAACCCCAACGACGAUUCUAAGUGAGUCAAGGAUUUGAAUAGUUUGAUGUGAUAGAUGGUAGGAAAUAAAUUCCAUGGCAGUGGAUAAA